AAUGAUUUUUUUUUUUUUCACAUUAAAAUAUGAAAUUGAUUAUAUAAAAAGAGUAGCUCCGUUGCUUUUCCUAAAUUUCCAUUCACUUUCAUGAAAUAUGAUUUCAUUUUCAUCACUGACUUUCUCUCGGCUAAUGGCCCGCUAAUAGGUAAGCUGUACCCCACAUGUGCCCGCAAGAUUGAGAACAGAACCAGAUUUGGUCUUCCCUGUACUUACUCGUGCUGGUGUUUACUUGUUGAUCUACCGAAAUCUCAUACCCAUCUAUGUUCAUCUUACAAUCGAAUAAUGGAUUUAAAUCUGCAAUUACUUGCACUUAUUGGGUUUAUUUCCUUAAUCUUUCUCUACUUUGCGUUGUUUAGCCGGACAAGAAUAACCGCAAGGACCAAUUUUGGACAAGCACCUGAACCAGCAGGUGCAUGGCCAAUCGUCGGCCAUCUUCAUCUACUAGGUGGUUCUAGUCAGCUGCUUCACCAAACGCUUGGAAUGAUGGCAGAUAAGUAUGGUCCAGCCUUCAGUCUCCGCCUUGGAAGCCGCCGCGCUUUUGUGGUUUCUAGUAGCGAAGUGGCAGAGGAAUGCUUCACCUCUAAUGAUAGAGCGCUUGCUUCUCGUCCCAGCACAGCAGCCACAAAGCACAUGUGUUAUAACGAUGCAGUGUUUGGGUUUGCACCCUAUUCCCCCCACUGGCGUGAGAUGCGAAAGAUAGUAAUGUCAGAACUUCUUUCAAACCGCCGACUUGAGAUGGUCAAGAAUGUCCAGUCUUCAGAAGUCGAUGUGGGGAUAAGGAAGCUUUAUGAUCUCUGGGUCAAAAAUAGCUGCCACCCGGUGCUUGUUGAACUUAAUCACUGGUUCGAGGAUUUAACACUUAACGUGCUAGUAAAAAUGGUGGCUGGAAAAUGUUUUGCCGGUGGCUCUGAUGAUGUUGAGGCUAGAAGGUUCCAAAAGACGAUCUCUGAGUUCUUUCACUUGAUGGGCAUGUUUGUGGUUUCAGAUGCCGUUCCAUCUUUAUGGUGGUUGGAUUUACAGGGGCAUGAGAGGAAAAUGAAGAAGAUAGGUAAGGAUUUGGAUGCCAUACUAGAAGCUUGGAUGGACGAGCAUCGCCAAAAGAGAGCUUCCGGAGAGCUCCAGGAAGAGGGUGAACAAGACUUCUUUGACCUGAUGUUGUCGCUUGAGGAGGAAGGGCGACUCUCUGGUUUUCCUUAUGACGAGAAGACUAGUAUCAAGGCUACCUGUCUGACGGUUAUCGCUGCUGGUAGCGACACCACAUCAACCAUGUUGACAUGGGCCAUCUCGUUGCUGCUGAAUAAUCGAUUUGCAUUGAAAAAGGCACAAGAAGAAUUAGAUCUUCAUGUAGGUGUUGAACGUCAAGUAGAUGAAUCAGACCUAAAAAACCUGGUGUAUCUUCAAGCUGUGAUAAAAGAGACCCUCCGCCUAUACCCUGUAGCUCCACUCUCAGGACCCCGGCAAGCCCUGGAAGAUUGCACCAUUGGUGGCUAUCAUGUUUCGGCUGGCACUCGCUUGAUGGUAAAUGUAUGGAAGAUUCAUAGGGAUCCAAGAUUGUGGACAGAUCCAUCAGCCUUCCAACCACAGAGGUUUCUCACAAGCCAUGUUGGUGUUGAUGUCAGAGGUCAACACUUUGUGCUGAUUCCUUUUGGUUCUGGUAGACGAUCAUGCCCAGGCACAUCAUUCGCACUACACGCCCUCCAUCUGACAAUUGCUAGACUCCUUCAUGCGUUUGAUUUAUCGACUCCCAUGGACCAGCCUGUAGAUAUGACCGAGGGACCCGGAGUAAUUCUACCAAAAGCAACCCCAUUAGAGGUUCUUCUCUCCCCACGACUGCCUGCCAAACUCUAUAAAUUUUGAUGUAAGGAGAUGCAAAGAGACUACAAGAUAUGUUCUGGAUUUUACUUUAUACGUUCUAUGAUUCCAAA